GUUUGCGCAUGCGCGAGAACUAGUCCCGUCUCAGGAACGGAUUUGAGGUGAAAAAUCGCGAGAUUUUGGAUUUGAAAAACUGGCGGUUGGGUACAGAGCUUGUGUAGAGGAGAAGCCGCUCAAAGAGUGUCACCAUGACGACCGGUUCUAAACUGGAGAUCCGUGAAACGUUCCAGCGUGCUCAGAAAGCACACAACAACAAGGCCAAGCUGGUGGCCAGUCUGCAGAACAUGUAUUCUAAGUUACAGGAUAAAACCGAGUUCCACGAGGAGUUUCUGCGGUGCCUUAAAUAUGCGAUGAUCGUGUACACCAGGGAGCCGGCGGUGGAACACGUCAUUGACUUUGUGGUGAAGUUUGCCGCUAGCUUCGAGACGCCUGCCGACGAGGAGGAAGAAGACGAGGAAGAAGAGGAGGAUACAUUUCUGAACUUCCUCUUCAACUUCCUGUUGGAGUGCCACGGCGUGAGCAGCCAUGCGGUGCGCUUCCGAGCGUGUCAGCUGGUGAACAAGUUGCUGGGCAGCCUGAGUGAGAACGCGCAGAUUGACGACGGGCUGUGCGACCGCAUCCACGAGGCCAUGUUGAUACGCGUCACUGAUAAGUACCCCAACGUCAGGAUACAGGCUGCGCUCGCCAUGGCCCGCCUGCAGGACCCUGAGAACCCUGACUGCCCCACGGUCAAAGCCUACAUGCUGAUUUUGGAGAACGACUCGAAUCCUGAGGUGCGGAGAGCCGUCUUGUCCUGUAUUGCCCCCUCCGCUCUCACACUGCCCAAAAUCUACAGACGUACUCGAGACGUUAAAGAGAAAGUCCGCAAAUUGGCCUAUCAGGUGCUUGCUGAGAAAGUGCAUAUCCGAGCUUUGUCCAUCGCUCAGAGAGUCAGCCUGCUGCAGCAAGGACUCAACGACUCUGCAGCCUCGGUGAAGGAGGUGGUAAAGCAGACGCUCCUUCCCUCCUGGCUGCGCCUCCUUCAGGGAGAUGUGCUGCAGCUACUCCACAGGCUGGACGUCGAGAACUGUGCCGACACCGCAGUGUCUGCCCUGCACGCCCACUUUUCUGUAGUGACGACCCCUGAUGAGCUUCUGAAUGCAGCUAAACUGGACGAAAGAAAGCUGAUCCCAAUAGAUGCCCUGACGUGUGAGAACGUGCUGUUGUGGCGUGCGCUGUGCGAGUUUGUGAAGAGUAAAGGAGAUGAGGGGGAGGAGCUAAUGGAAAAACUGUUACCCGAACCGGCUCUGUUUGCUGAGUACCUGUACAGUUAUAUGAAGACCCUUCCAGCCAUGUGUGAAGAUGACCGAUCUGAUCUGACUCAGCUGGAGUCCGUGAUGAUGAAGGAGUUCAUCACGCAGCAGCUCAUCCAGCUAGUGGACUGCUUGGACACUGCCGAAGAGGGAGGAAGAAAGCGUGUGCUCGCAGUCUUGAAGGAGAUGCUCGUGCUGCCAAAUACACCCCUCUCGCUGAUCAGUCAGCUGGUGCAGAGACUCAUGACGAUUAUCCAUGAUGACCAGCAACGCAUCGCAAUGGUAGCUGAGAUCAUCUCGGACGUGAGGGAGCCGAUCGUGCCCGUCACUGAAACUGAGGACCAGAACGAAAAACGCAAGCGACAAGUCCGACUGGCGGAGGUGAAGGUGUGUAUUAUGGAGUGUAAGCAGCAGCUGGAAGAGUGCAUCAGCGCUCAGGAUUUCAGCCGCGCUGCCGAGUUGAAGAACUCCAUCACCGAGCUGGAGGAGCUGAAGAACCAGUUGGCAGAGCAGAACACACACACGGAGGCCGUGAAAGAGCAGCACGCAGAGAAGUUCUUGGUUUCAGGUCUAGAGCUCUCCAAUAUUUCAUCUUCAAACUUUAUAAAGAACGACCCGGAGACAUUGCUGAAGUGUCUGACGAUGUACGCCGAGGCCCUGAAACAGAUGAACAUUCACAGAGGCAUCUGUCCAACCAUCAAUGGCCUCCUAGACUCAUUGGUAUUGCCCUGUGUGUCCAACUCGAACGCUGCAGUGAGGAACUUGGCUGUAGUGUGUUUGGGCACUGCAGCUCUCCACAGCAAAGAGCUCGCCAAGACACACCUAGUUCUCCUGCUGCAGAUCACCCAGCUGGAUGAGCCUAAGAUCAGAAUCAACGCUCUUAGAGCAGUGGUCGAUCAGCUGCUCUUGAACGGCGUGGACAUGCUGCGUGAAAGCCCCGGCCCCCCGCAAACCAGGCAAGAUGGUGGUGACGGACAAGAAGACUGUCCAGUUGAAGAGGACGACAAUCCUAUACAAAGCAUCCUAAAGCUGCUGGCUGAGUUCUUGGACAGUGAGAUCUGUGAGCUGCGCACCGAGACGGUGGAGUGUGUGUGCAAGCUGCUGUACUGUGGCAGGAUGGUGAGCGUGAAGCUGCUCACUCGCCUCAUUCUGCUCUGGUAUAACCCACUGACUGAAGAGGACCAGCGGCUGAGACACUGCAUUGGAGUGUUCCUGCAGCUCUACACACACUCGCACAGAGCUCAUCAGGAGUGCGUAGAGGAGAGCUUCAUUCCCACCAUGCGGACGUUAUUCAACGCCCCGGCCACGUCUCCUCUCUCCGAAAUUGACGCCAGCAACGUCGCCGAGCUCUUCACAGAGCUCACGUGCUCCAGUGAUCGACCCCAGGGAGCGAGUGUGCACGACUCUCUGGCCGUGCGAGUGUGUAACGAGAUUCUGCGAGACACGUCUGCUCCCGAGGUGCGUCUGUACUGCAAGACCCUCGCCACUUUAGAGAUCAGCACCGAUCAGGGACCUGCUAAUGACGAGCUGCAGCAGCUCCUUAAUGACAUCCUGCAGGAGGUGAAGGAUAAGCACUGUGUGAAAGCCUUAGAGAAAGUGUUCGCUCGUCUAAAAGGAGAUCAGUGUGUUCGAGUAGCCCACACUCAGGACACAGUGCUGAACCCUGCAGAUGAAAACGCCAGCGAACUCUUGAAUGGAGAUGACAGCAAACCUAAACGCCCCAGAAGAGGUCAGAAAAAAGCCACGACGGCCCGGGUUGUGAAAAAACAGUCUAAAGCGAAGGAGUCUUCUGAUGAAAGCGACGAGGAGAAUGUUCCAGAAGCCGCAGAGGCUCCGUCGGCCAGACAGAGUCGGCGAGCCAAAACGGCGGCCCUGGAUAAAACCCGCCAGGACCUGACUGCGCUGAUGAAUCACGAAGCCAGUGUGUAGGUCAGGGUUAGUCUAAACAUCUCCAAACACAACUGGUCUCGCUUUCUGUGUGUGUGUGUGUGUGUGUGUUUGAGACGUCUACUUUUAAAACCCGCUACUCAGGCUCCACGCUCAUGAGUUUGAAUAAGUUUAAUAUUACCAUACACAUAAAGAGCUUAUAAAUAUUCAUAUUACCGCCAUGUGCACCGUUUAUUUUCCUAUAAAUAUUAACCAUUAAUUCUACUAUGCUAGGUUUGUUACAGCCGCUAUAGCGCGCGCAGGAAAGCACAAGCAUUCACACAGACCUUUUUUCUGAAUAAAAUAGAAAAUUUUCCCAAGUUAGCAUAAAAGAUCCAGUUAUUAUCACCGAUAUGUUCUGAUGAGGCUUUUUUCCCCCCCUGCCGUCACACUGCUGUAAAAUCAAUCUCUUCAGUAUUAUUAAUCUUCGAGUCAGCGUGUGCUGUUCUCCACGUACACGUUCUGCCCUUUAGAAAGAGAGACAGCAGUGUCAAGUUGAGCGAAACUCGCAAAUUGUUCUUUUUAAUGUUUUACCUUUUUAUACCCCAAUAAAUCAUUUUGUCUCCUU